AUGUUGCUAAAAGUUUUAGGUGUUUCUACAACAUUCAUUUCUAUUUUGGUGUCAAAUUUUUCUAAUCCAUCUAUUUAUCCACAUAUAGAAAAUAAUCGUCACUCUAAACAUGAACAAAUUUCAAUUCAUAACCAUUAUUCUCAUCAAUAUCAACUUAAACCAAAAUAUUUUGCAUUUUCGAGAUAUAGUCAGACAAUGAUUGAUGAACCCAUCGUUAGAAGAACUAAAUCAAAAAAAUCAAAAUUAAGCAAACGAAAAUAA